CGUGCAGACACACCAGCUGUCCUUGAGCAGCUGGGCGGUUCGUGCCCAGGAGUGGGCCGCGACUCCUGGGGGUCGGGGGGGUGGGCGGAAGGAUCUCCUCCUCUGCGCACCGAGGGGCCUGGGUUAGGCCUGUUUCAUCUGUCCAGCCUCAUCUUACCCUUCACCUAGGCUUUGGGCUGCAGUUCUCUAGCCCCCGCAUCGCUCCAUUAAUGGACCUGGCGAAGCCGGACACGGUCUGGAUUUUGCCGCGAGCCCCUCUGGCUGCACAGUCAGGAACCCCCCGGGUCUGGCUAGCAAGGUCACUUCACAGGGUUGAGCUUGGCUGGGAAGCCACCACAGGGUAUCUGGCCACAGGGCCUGGAGUGGAGGGCACCUUGCCCGGGAUCCUUCCUUUCCUUUGCCACAUGUGGUGUGAGGACAGCUAAGCAGACCCUCCUUACUGCCUACCUUAGACAGCAGGCACACUUGGGGAGCCCGUGUCUCCUACAGAAUUGAAGCGGUCCCUCCAGGCUUUCUUAGGGGGCAGCGUUUCCUUACUGGCUAUGGACCACUCAGGAACAGGCACCAUCUGUCUUGGCCAGGUGGCGGAAGAGAUGCCCAUGCCUUGCCCCCCUACCCCCCAUGUGAGGUGAUAUGGCAGAAGGCAGGUGGAGGUCUGACCAACUCCAACCCCCACCCCUUCGCCAGGCCCUGUUUUGAGCUCUGGGCCACAGGCACAGCUUUUGGGAGGCUCCCAGUCUGGUGCAGGAGACGAACAGGCAUGGCCUAGUGUAAGGGACAGUGGGCAGUGAGGUCAGGGAAGUCUUCAAGAGUUAGGGGUGCAAGGGACGCCUGGGUGGCUUAGUUAAGCAUCCGACUCUUGAUUUCGGCUCAGGUCCAUGAUCUCAGGAUCGUGAGAUCAAGCCCCACGUCAGGCUCUGUGCUCAGCAGGGAGUGUGCUUGAGAUUCCCUCUCCCUCGUCCUCUACCCCUCCCCCUCCUCCUGCACAUGUGCUCUUUCUCAAAUAGCUGUUAAUAUAAAAGGGAUGUAAGCGCUGAGUCUGGAGGUUCAAGUAGAACUUGUCACAGGUGAUAAUUUAACAGAUGGAGAAACUGAGGCUCAGGGCUGAGUUAGGGGCCUGCUCAAGGUUCUCUGGCCUGGCUCUUCCUUCCAGGCUGCCUGGUGCUGGCACCUGUGGCCUCCUAGGUUAUGAAGGCGCAAGCUUCAGUUCAGAUUGAGACGUGCACCACGAUCUCAUUUAACCUUGCCGCAGGCCAGCACUGCCAGGCUCCUCGGACCCGCACACUGUGGAGGGUCCUGUUGGUCUCAGGGGUAUAGGCCCUGGCCCCUACUCAGUCCUUCGGACCAGUUCAGAGUUCAGAACUCCUGACCAGCUGCAGGUGCAGGGAGGGGCCUGAGGCUCAGCCUCUAACUCAGCUGCUUACUGAGAGCUAUGUAGGUUUUGGAACUUCCCCGGACUCAAACGCUCCCAAGGACUACAGCCAACCCUGGGAUUACACAGGCUUCAUGUCUCUGAGGGCCAUGACUUGGGGUCUGCAAGAUGAGAGAUGCCUCGGCCUAGACGGCAUGUUACCCCCAAGUACUUAAGGCCUGCUCAGCACCAGGCUAUUCUCACUAAAGGGAGUCCAGCCAUGGGCUUGGGGCUAAACCAGCAAUAAUUCCAUUCUGAAGCCCCCAGGAAGCAUGGCCAAAGGCACUCCCAAGCAACAUUUCCUGAUCCUAGGAACCUAGAAACGACUCAGGCCAAUAUCAGGAAAGUGGAUCAAAUGCAAAGCUAUACAGUGUAACAUCACACAACCAUGAAAACGCAUCAACCCUGGCUACAUGCAUCGUGUGGAUGAAUCAGGAAGGAUGCUGAGUGAAGAAAAUCUCAGUACCAUACCAUGGGGUCAAAAGCAACUGUGUUUAGGUAUACGCAUGUAUGUGGUAAACCCAGUGUUCAAGAUAGGAGUUAGUCUGGGGAAAGCAGGGGACAGGAUGGAGUGGAAGGACAGUUAGACCACAGCCAUCCACCAAACGUUCAAAGUGAACCAGAUCUAUCCAUCUAAGAGCCAUUAAAAAAAAACAACAACAACAAAACCAUGUAUUUUUUUUUAAAAAAGGUUAAAAUACAAGAGCAUGGUUUGACAUCACAAAAGCACAGGCAUAAGGAAAUUUGCUACUGUCAAAAAGUGAAAAACAAUGACCAAAACACCCUAAGAAUUGGCAAGGUGAUAAAAUACAAGACUGCCACAUAUGUUGCAUGAGGAUUAGUGUUGAGAAUAGUACAUCCAAUUGAAAAUGGGCAAAGGAUAUGAACAGGCAGUUCACAGAGGAUGCAACCUGAGAAGCAAAAAAUAUGUUCCCCUUUACUGGAAAUCAAGGAAAUGCAAAAUGAAGCCACAGAGACGCCAUUUUGGACCAGACUGGCGGAUGUCAUUGAGAGGUCAUGACCCCAGGAAAGAGCUGAAUCUUUUACAUUGCACAUGUUGGAGGGAUAUCAGACUAAUAAAACCACCUCAGAGAGCAAUCUGGCAGGUACUCAGGUGAAGAUAUGUGUAGCCUGUGACCCCAAAUUCCAUUUCUAAGGAUCUACCCUAGAGAAACCGUUGUACACGUGCACAAGGUGACAAGUUACAAGGGCAGUUUCAUGGAAAAGUCCAGAAAAUUAAUAACCUCAAUGUCCUUCGGGAAAAAAACGGUUAAUUACAGCGGGUGCCGCAUGCAGUGGGAUAAUAUGCCACAGUUACAGAGCGCCCGGCUGGCUCAGUCCCAAGAGCAUGUGACUCUUGAUCUCAGGGUUGUGAGUUCGAGCCCCAGGUUGGGUGUAGAGAUUACUUAAAUAAAAACUUAUAAAGGUUUUAUUCAUUUAUUUGAGAGGAGGGAGAGAGAGAGGACAGCAGCAGGGGAGAGGGAGAAGCAGACUCCCUGCUAAGCAGGGAGCCCGAUGUGGGGCUCCAUCCCGGGACCCCGGGAUCAUGACCUGAGCCGAAGGCAGACACUUAACUGACUGAGCCACCCAGGCGCCCCUAAAAAAAAAUUUUUUUUUUAAAUGCAGCCGUUAAAGUGAAUACAGGAGAUGCAGGAGCUGUCUUCAUUCAUGUGAAUAAACCUUGAAAAUGUUGAGUGAAAAAAACAAGUUUGCAAAGCAGUAUGUACAGUUGAUAGUUUAAAAUUGUUAAUGCCAUACAUUAUAGUGAAGUUAUACUACCUCGGGAAAGUGGUUGCCUCUGGGAGGAGACAGAGGGAAGAGAAUGAGACAAGGUGGAGAAAAGGGGGCUUCCAACCGCCUGCACUCCCACUUCUGGUGCGUGUGAACCCAAAAGAAGGGAAUGGGGGGACCCCAGCAAAUACCUGUAUGUCCAUGUGCACAGCAGCUUUACAAGAGCCAAGAGGUGCAAGCAGCCUAGUGUCCGUUAAUAGGGGAACAGAUGAAAUGUGAUCAAUAUACAUAUUCGGGGUGGCGCAGUCGGUUGAGCGUCCGACUCUUGGUUUCAGCUCAGAUCUGAUCUCAGGGUCAUGAGAUCGAGCCCCGUGUUGGGCUCCACACUCAGCAGGGAGUCUGCUUGAGUUUCUCUCUCUCCCUCUCCCUCUGCCCAACCCCCUGCUUUCUCUCUCUCACUGAAAUAAAUAUAAAUAAAUCUUUAAAAAUACACACACAGUGGAGUACUGUUCAUUCAUAAAAAGGAAUGAACUUCGGACACAUGCUACAACAUGGAUGGACCUUGAAACACUGUGCUCAGUGAAAGCCAGACAUAAAAGGACAAGUAGUGUAUGACUGCACAGAUAAGAGGUAGCUCGAAGAGAGGUUACUAGGGGCUGGGUGAAGACAGGAGAGUUACUGUGUCUUGGGUGUAAAAUUUUUGUUUGGGAUGACAACAAGGUUCUGGAAAUGGAUUGUGGUAAUGGUUUGCACAGCAAUGUGAAUGCACUGAAUGCCACGAAAUUGUACACUUACAGGGUUAAGAUUGUAAAUCUUAUGUAAUGUACAUUUUAGCACAAUUUAAAAAAUCCUAAAUGUAAAAGCCAAAACUACUGAUCUUUCAGGAGAUCGUGUGUCGGUGGAUAUCUUAAAGACCUUCCUUAGUUUGCCAUUAUAGGGUAUUGACACAAUGGAUACUGUGUAGCAGUGAGAACAGGAUUUUGUUUAUCAAAAGGUCUCGGGCGCCUGGGUGGCUCAGUUGGUUAAGCGACUGCCUUCGUCUCGGGUCAUGAUCCUGGAGUCCCGGGAUCGAGUCCCGCAUCGGGCUCCCUGCUCGGCAGGGAGUCUGCUUCUCCCUCUGACCCUCCUCCCUCUCAUGCUCUCUGUCUCUCAUUCUCUCUGUCUCAAAUAAAUAAAUAAAAUCUUAAAAAAAAAAAAAAGGUCUCAUGGGGGGCAUCUGGGUGGCACAGUUGGUUAAGCGUCUGACUCUUGGUGUCUGCUCAGAUCAUGAUCUCAGGGUCCUGAGAUCGAGCCCCGCAUUGGACUCUGCGCUCAGUAUGGAGUUGGCUUGAGAUUCUCUCUCCCUCUCCCUCUCCCCCUCCUGCUCCUGCUCUCAUUCACUCGCUCUCUCUCUAAAAUAAAUCUUAAAAAAAAAAAAAAAAAGGCAUCAUAGGGGCGCCUGGCUGGCUCAGUCGGUAGAGCAUGCCACUCUUGGUCUUGGGGUCAUGAGUUCGAGCCCCCCAUUAGGUGUAGAGAUUACUUAAAAAUAAAAUCAACUCAUUAGAAAAAUGAACAAAAAUGUUCAAAUGGGGACUUCACAAAAAGCAUAUGAAAAGAUGCUUAUUUUUUUUAAGAGUUUAUUAUUUUUACAAUGGCAAAAUUGCAAAACAGUUGAUACCAAGCAUUGGUGAGAAUGGAGCAAUGGAGCUCCCACACUGCUGGGGAAAGUGUAAUUUGGUACAAACACUCGGACAAACUGUUUGGCAAUAUCCAUUGAAGCUGAAAAUAAGCACAUUCUAUGGCCAGCAGUUCCACCCAUAGGUCUACCCCGAGAGAGAUGGGUUGUGCUAUGUUCUCCAAAAGACGUGCAAACAGGGGCGCCCAGGUGGCUCAGUUGGUUAAGCAUCUGCCUUCGGCUCAGGUCAUGAUCCCAGGGUCCUGGAAUCGAGCCCCACAUCAGGCUCCCUGCUCAGCGGAGAGCCUGCUUCUCCCUCUGCCCCCUCCCCCUGCUCGUGCGUGCUGACUCCCUCUCGCUCUCUCUCAAAUAAAAUCUUUAAAAAGAAAACCAAAAACGUGCAAAUGUCGUAAGCAGCCCUCUUCAUAAUAGCCCCAGCCUGGAAACAACCCAAAUGUCCUUCAAGAGUGGAAUGGGGGGGCGCCUGGGUGGCUCAGUCGUUAAGCGUCUGCCUUCGGCUCAGGUCAUGAUCCCAGGGUCCUGGGAUCGAGCCCUGCAUCGGGCUCCCUGCUCGGCGGGAAGCUUGCUUCUCCCUCUCCCACUCCCCCUGCUUGUGUUCCCUCUCUCACUGUGUCUCUCUCUGUCAAAUAAAAAAAAAAAAAGAAAAAGAGUGGAAUGGAUUAAUUGCACCAUGUGGUACCAAGAAAGCGGAGGUGAGAACGGUCCACCCAAGCAGGGAGGAAUAUUUUAGCAUCAGCGGUGUUUAGAAUCACCAGCACGUGAUGACAAUAAAAAGCAAACCAACUGGGUCCCCUUGCAUUUAAAUUCCCUACCAACCGCACACCCCCUUGUUGCCUGCAUCUGGGGCAGAUGGCCCUCUGGUCUCCACCCCCCCACCCCCCCAUGCCACUGCUGUGGGAUAUUUAUGGAAUGGAGUGCUGAAAUGCUAUAUAAAAAUUAAGCAGAUUUUAAAAAUAUGCAUCACAGAUGAAGCUCAAACAUAAUGUUGAAUGGAAAAAAACCGAAGAGUGCACACUCUGAUGCCACUGACAUGAAAUUGCCGAGUGAAAUAAAGCACAAGCCUGUGGUCCGGCACUAUUUCUGGUUUAAAAAAAAAAAGAUCCACGCAAACUGAAUAACAACAGAUGCAAAUCCACCAGCAACCUGGAUCUGAACAAUCACAGGAUGUAUAGAAGUUUGCUAUGGUUUACAUGAACUGUUGCAUUAAAAAAAAAUUUUUUUGUUUUGUUUUGUUUUAAGUAGGCUCCAUGCCCAGCGUGGAGCCCAAGGCAGGGCUUGAACUCACGACCCUGAGAUCAAGACCUGAGCUAAGAGUCAGAGGUUUAACUGACUGACCCACCCAGGUGCCCCUGUUGCAUUUUUUACUAAAUGCACAUGUGCCCAGGAAGAUAGGUAUUUGGAUGUUGUUUUGCAAUAUUAUUUGUAAUAAAAUCUUGGAAGCAAAAAAAAAAAAGAGGCAAUCCAAAUCUCCAAGAUUAAUGGAUAAGUAGAGUUGCCACCUGUACACAAUGGAAUAUUACACAGCCGUUAAAAUGAACAUGACUAAGAAGAAUCAGCCAGGAUCACUCGAUAAUUUGAUGUUGAGUGGAAAAAAAAAAUUGCAGGGGCGCCUGGGUGGCUCAGUUGUUAAGCGUCUGCCUUCGGCUCAGGUCAUGGUCCCAGGGUCCUAGGAUCGAGCCCCACAUCGGGCUCCCUGCUCAGCAGGGAGCAUGCUUCCCCGUCUCCCUCUGCCUGCAGCUCCCCCUGCUUGUGCUUGCUUUCUCUCUUCUCUCUCUCUGACAAAUAAAUAAAGCCUUAAAAAAAAAUAAAAAUAAAAAAAUUGCAGAAUAUCAUUUGUACAGUGUUAAACAAUGUACGUAAAUGUAUAAUAAACAGGACAGAGUGAACCAUGCUCGAGCACCUACUAUGUUCCAGGUGCUUUCCUGGGCCCCCACAGCAACCCGUGAGCUAGUUACUAAUACUGUCCGACAGCCCACAGCUGGGAGGGAGCCCAGGUCUGGGACCCACAGGCUGGCCCCGAGACGCCCCUCCCUGCCAGCCAGCCUGGGACCCAGCUGUCCUGGCUGGGCUCUCAGGCCUGGCCCGUGAUCCUGAGCCCUGAGCUGGCGCCGGGCAGGAGGCCCUGUAACUCCAGCCACUCUCCCGCCCCUGCCCGCCCCUCCUUCACCUCAGCCUCGGGCUGGGCUGCCCACAAUGCCUCCCAUUCAGCCCCGUCCCGGCUGCCAGGCCUGCGGGCCCGACAGGGGGGCUCCCGCCGCAUCCAGGCUGGACUGGCAGUGUGAGGCGAGGCGGCAUGGAGGGGUGAGUGUGUGGGCCCUGGGAGGGUACCAGGGGGGUCUACAGAAGCUGAGGGGCUGCAGGCAAGCCCCUGGCCCUCUCUGGGCCUCUGACGCGUUGGGGGACAGGGGCUCUGGGAUCUGUCGGGGGAGAGAUUCUCCAAGGCUGUCCCCGAAGUGGUUUCUGAGGAAGGUGGUGAAUGGCAGGGUGGAUGCUCCAGCGAGCUGCCGUGGGCGCGUCCUCAACCUCAGCAGGCCUCAACCCUGGACGCUUGUCCCUGAGGGGUCUGUCCCCACGGGCCCCCCUUCCCCGGUCCACCCUGAGCCUCGGGAGGAUGCCAGCAGCCCCGGCCUUCAAGGGGCCGAGACUUCAAGGAGACUGAACAAUAGAGGGCGAGGAGCAGUGAGGAGGCUGAGGGUGGGGGCCCAGCCCAGGGCCUGGCACGGGCUGCCCAGAGGCCGAGAUGCGGGCUGAGAACAGCAGGAAGAGCCGGGGGACUUAGGAGUCACGGGCGGCGAGGAGGAAGCUCUGUCGUGUGUGUUUCUGGUCUGGGAGCCAAGGGUGACACUGGGGAGUCGGAGCGCUCCGGAUCCAGGUGGGAUCAGGAGUCAGGCAGUGGGGAGAUGCUGGAGGGCUUCAGGUUGGCGGUGUCAGAGCCCGUCUGUAUCUUGGAAUAUCUUGGAAGGUUGCCUUCGGUUGGUGGUGGUGAGCAGAGUGUGGGGGAGCCAGCAAUCACCCCUAAGAGGCAACAGGCAGCGGUUGCGGUUGUGAGGUGAAGGGGUCCCACUGGCUGAUGGAUGGAUAUGCUGGGGGAAGAUGGACGGGGAAGGGGAUGGAGCCGCCCAAAGCAGAGCCCGGGACCAUCCCCUCAGCCGUCCCGUUCCGGGCUGGUGGGGUGGCAUCGGAUGGACGACAGGCCUAAGCCUCCUGCUCACCUGCCAGCAUGGCUCUGACCAGCCGGUAAGGCUCCUCGAGCCCCUCGGACCCCGUAACACCUGGUCCCCCGAACCUGGCCUUAAACACUUAGGCCCGGCCUGGGUGCCCCUCUGGCUGCAGGCCGUCUUCCUACAGCGGGUGCCACUAUGCUCCCUCCCACCAUGUCUGGGGACGGGCUGCUUCUGUCUCUGGCACCCUCACACUGGGGAGGGCCAGGCCUCCCCCUGGACCCAGGAGCCUCAUCACAGCCUGGGCACACUCGCUGAGCCCUCAGGUCAUCCUCGCAUUCAGCAAGGCCUCCCUGAGCCGAGGGGCAGGCGGUCCAGGAGACUUGCCAGGUCGCCUUUCUGAGCCUCAGUUUCCCCCAGUGUUAAACAAGGCUAACGAUAGAAGCUUUGCUGCAUGGAGCGUCGUGAGGCUCAGAGCAAUGACGCCUUCCCUGGGGCCAAAGAAGGAAGACAUCUCAGGGGCUCCGGAAACAGGAGCUAGGCUCGGUGAGUGGACAGCGUGGGACCCUUGCCCCUGUGAACAACGGACCAUUCCUCCCUCUCCCAGGCCCCGGAGAGUCUCCUUGGUGCUGCUGCUUCUGCUGCCACUGGGCCCAGCUUGGCAUACAGCUGCCCAACGCUGCCCACAGACGUGCAUUUGCGACAGUCCCGGGCGGCACGUGGCCUGUCGGCACCAGAACCUCACGGAGGUGCCAGACGCCAUCUCUGAGCUGACUCAGCGGCUGGACCUCCAAGGCAACAUGCUGAAGGUGAUCCCGCCAGCUGCCUUCCAGGAUCUGCCCUAUCUGACACAUCUGGACCUGCGGCACUGCCAGGUGGAGCUGGUGGCCGAGGGCGCCUUCCGCGGCCUGGGCCGCCUGCUCCUCCUCAACCUGGCCUCCAACCGCCUCAGCUCGCUGCCCCAGGAGGCCCUGGAUGGGCUGCGCUCGCUGCAGCGGCUGGAGCUGGAGGGCAACAUGCUGGAGGAGCUGCGGCCGGGCACGUUCGGGGCGCUGAGCGCGCUGGCCACACUGAACCUGGCCCACAACGCCCUGGUCUACCUGCCCGCCAUGGCCUUCCAGGGGCUGGCGCGCGCGCGCUGGCUGCAGCUGGCCCACAACGCGCUCAGCGUGCUGGCCCCCGAGGCCCUGGCCGGCCUGCCCGCCCUGCGCCGGCUCAGCCUGCACCACAACGAGCUGCAGGCCCUGCCGGGGCCAGCCCUGUCCCAGGCCCGCGUCCUGGCCCGCCUCGAGCUGGGCCACAACCCCUUCACCUACGUGGGCGAGGAGGACGGGCUGGCGCUGCCCGGCCUCCGGGAGCUGCUGCUGGACCACGGCGCCCUGCAGGCGCUGGACGCCAGGGCCUUCGCGCGCUGCCCCCGCCUGCACACCCUGGACCUCCGCGGGAACCAGCUGGCCGGCCUGCCGCCGCUGCAGGGCCCCGGGCGGCUGCGCCGGCUGCGGCUGCAGGGCAACCCGCUGUGGUGCGGCUGCGAGGCCCGGCCGCUGCUCGAGUGGCUGGCGCGCGCGCGGGUGCGCUCGGACGGCACGUGCGGGGGCCCGCGGCGCCUCGGAGGGGAGGCCCUGGGCGCCCUGAGGCCCGGCGACCUGCGCUGCCCCGGGGACAGGGCGGCGGCGGCGGCGGCGGCGGAGGAAGAGGGGCGGGCGGCCGCGCGGCCCCGCGCGCCCCCGGCCGCCCCCGAAGAGGCGGACGGGGCCGCCCGGCCCUGCCCGCCGGCCUGCGUGUGCGCCUCCGAGUCCCGGCACAGCGGCUGCGAGGGCCGGGGCCUGCGCGCCGUGCCCCGCGGCUUCCCCGGCGACACCCGGCUCCUGGACCUGAGGCGCAACCACUUCCCCUCGGUGCCGCGAGCCGCCUUCCCGGGCCUGGGCCGGCUGGUGUCGCUGCACCUGCAGCACUGCGGCCUCGCGGAGCUGGAGGCGGGCGCCCUGGCCGGGCUGGGCAGCCUCAUCUACCUCUACCUCUCGGACAACCAGCUCGCCGGCCUCCGCGCCGCUGCCCUGGAGGGGGCGCCCCGCCUCGGCUACCUGUACCUGGAGCGCAACCGCUUCCGGCACGUGCCCGGGGCCGCCCUGCGCGCCCUGCCCAGCCUCUUCUCCCUGCACCUGCAGAACAACGCCGUGGACCGCCUGGGACCCGGGGACCUGGCAGGCCUGCCAGCCUUGCGCUGGCUCUACCUGAGCGGCAACCGCAUCACCCGAGUGUCCCCCGGGGCAAUAGGCCCAGCGCCCGAGCUGGAGAAGCUGCACCUGGACAGGAACCAGCUGCAAGGGGUGCCCACUGGGGCCUUGGAGGGGCUGCCUGCCCUCCUGGAGCUGCAGCUCUCGGGGAACCCGCUCCAAACCCUGCCAGACGGGGCCUUCCGGCCCGUGGGCCGCUCACUGCAGCACCUCUUCCUGAACAGCAGUGGCCUGGAGCAGGUGCGGGGCUGGAGUGUGGGGUGGGGGAGGCAGCACGAGCCCCAUGCAGCAGGCACUCACUGGGCAGACACCGCUGCCCCCACAGUUAGGCCUGAGGCUGGGCCGGGUGCCCCUGGGAUAGGCCAGACCCUAUGCCUGCCCCCAGGGAGCUCAGGUGUGGGGACAGAUCAGGUGGACUCCAGUGCCACACAGAGAGGCCAUCCAGGGAGGGUGCUGCCAGAGCCCGGAGGAACGAGGAAGUGGGUCCAUGGGGUUCUUGUGCACUUUGAGGGCAGGGCUGGAGCCACCAAGGGGAUCUGCCAUUAUGGGGGCGUGUUCGGGCAGAGCAGAAAGAACCAUGAGCUGGGCAUCCAGGUGACGUGCAAAGGGCAGGCGCUUUGGGAUCAGACCAACCAGGGUCCGCACUGCCCUUUCUUGGGGGGCCACCUUGGGAUCUCCACUUCCCUUCUGCUGGGGGAGCAUGGGGCUACCUCCCAGGCCUAGGGGUGAGACGGGCCUGGCAGGAGCUCACACCAAGGCUUGGCAUCUCCUCGCAGAUUUCUCCCGGGGCCUUUUCGGGCCUGGGGCCCUGGCUGCAGAGCCUGCACCUGCAGAAGAACCAGCUGCAGACCAUGCCUGCCCUGGCCCAUCUCAGCCAGCUGGAGCUUAUCGACCUCAGCGGCAAUCCCUUCCACUGUGA